UGACCGGCCUUCGCCGCUCCACGGGGAGUGGAGAUAUCAUAUCCUCGCGUGCGCCCGUGAACUUACGGCGCCCGGAUAAUUUCCACCUCUCUCUCUCUCUCUCUCUCUCCCACCUUACCUCCUGCAUUGUUCCCGCGCAUCGCGCGGGGUUCCUUAUACGAUCAGCUCCUCCCUUCCCUCCAAUCCCUCUCUGCCUCCUUCUCGGAACCCUAACCCUAACCCUAAUUCUCGAUCCCUUCUCUGCCCGUCGCUCUUGGCUCGCCCUUUCGUUUCCCCUAUUCGGAGGGAGGAAUCCGAUCGCCAUCCUCCUCUCCGUCUUUCCUACCUUUCAGACGCGCACAGGCGUCAUUCUGAGAUCUUCUAUGUCGCCCGAGACCUCGUUGAUGGAGUUCUGAUGGCUUCCCGAGGCGUCCGAUUCUGGAACCGCCCGCUCCGCCGUUGAGGAGGUCGCUGUAGCCGGUCCUAGAUCGUUGAUUAGGAAAGCAAAGCUCUUCCCAUUACAUCGGAGGCUUAAGGUGACAGUUGAAGGGAAUUUAGUGGGUGAAUCGGAGGUUGUUUCUAGAGAAGAACUUGAUGGCAAGGUUUUUGGCAUUUGGAAUGAUCAAAAAAAUUGGCUAUUCUUUUCGAGUGGAUCGAGUACCCUGCUAUUCUACAAUUCGCAGUCAUAGAUCACCUUUUAUAGAUGGUUUAUCUGUCUCAUGCAGAGCCUUUUCACGGUACAAGUUUCCUAGUAGACAAAACACUUCAUUUACACUCUGUAAAGCUAAAGAAAACCUAAACGAGAUCAACCAUGUGAAGAAGCUAGCAGUCCUUUCAGCCAGCAGUUCAGUGAGACAUCAUGCCCAAGUUGCUUGGAAAAGGCUUUCCAUGAUAUGCUUUUAUAGAGGAAUUGCCUCUCCGUCGGUCUAUAGGAUUUCUUGUGCCAUGAGCUUGGCUGUUUGUAGAUCUCAUUUAAUUCCCAGUAUCCUUGCAUUUAUUGCGGGAAAGAUGGCAAUGAGUAAGACAGCAUGGGCAGAUGGGGAGUACAUUCCAUCUAGGAAUUCCCUUUACACGCGGGCACAAGAUGGCCAUGUUUAUCUCACUUCUUUAAUUUUUUCAAUUUUUGAGUGUUUUAUUUUAUUUCUAAGAGCAGUCUAUUUGGCAAUUCUAUUCUCGCCUAUGAUAGUAAUGGCUCCAUUUGCAGACAGUUUUGGCAUGCAGUAUAGGAAAACAUGGCUCCGUCUUGUCCAUCGUACUUUAGAAAGUGCAGGUCCUGCAUUUAUAAAAUGGGGUCAGUGGGCAGCUACACGCCCAGAUCUCUUCCCUAGUGAUCUUUGUGCCGAGUUGACAAAGCUCCACAGCAAAGCACCUGCACAUAGCUUUUCCUACACCAAAAAAACCAUUGAAAAAGCAUUCAGUCGUAAGCUCAAUGAUGUUUUUGAGAAUUUUGAGGAGGAACCUGUGGCAUCAGGAAGUGUUGCUCAGGUACAUAGAGCUUCUUUGAGAUUUCGAUAUCCUGGUCAAAAGGUCAAGAAUGUUGUAGUUGCUGUAAAAGUUAGACAUCCUGGUGUUGGCGAGUCAAUUAGGAGGGAUUUCAUGAUCAUUAAUAUAGUGGCCAAGAUCUCCACAUUCGUUCCUGCGUUGAAGUGGUUGCGCCUGGAUGAAAGUGUGCAACAGUUUGCCGUUUUCAUGAUGUCUCAAGUUGAUCUUGCAAGGGAAGCUGCCCAUUUGAGCCGUUUCAUUUACAACUUCCGCAGGUGGAAGGAUGUUUCUUUCCCAAAGCCUCUUUAUCCACUAGUGCAUCCUGCUGUUUUGGUGGAGACAUAUGAGCAUGGAGAAAGCGUUUCUCAUUUUGUUGAUGAGCUUGAAGGACAUAAUCGACUUAAAAGUGCCCUUGCUCACAUCGGGACCCAUGCACUCCUGAAGAUGCUUCUGGUGGACAAUUUUAUACAUGCAGAUAUGCAUCCUGGCAAUAUCCUCGUUCGAGUAUCUCAACCCCAGCGGACAAAUAAAGGGCUCUUUAAGUCAAGGCCUCAUGUUGUUUUCCUUGAUGUAGGCAUGACUGCUGAGCUUUCCAGCAAUGAUCGUGUAAAUUUGCUGGAGUUCUUCAAGGCUGUUGCUCUUAGGGAUGGCCGUACUGCAGCAGAGUGCACCCUGAGGUUAUCAAAACAACAAAAUUGUCCAAAUCCAAAGGCUUUUAUAGAGUUUUGCUGUUAGCAGGAAGUGGAGAAGUCACUAACUUUUUGGGGAACUGCCGAAGGUGACUCUGUUCACCCAGCUGAGUGCAUGCAUCAAUUGCUUGAGCAAGUCCGACGCCAUAAAGUCAACAUCGACGGCAAUGUUUGCACUGUAAUGGUCACAACUUUGGUUCUUGAGGGCUGGCAGCGUAAGCUGGAUCCGGAUUAUGAUGUGAUGCAGACACUACAGACGUUAUUAUUCAGGUCUGACUGGGCGGAGUCUCUUUUAUAUACAAUUGAAGGACUAAUGGCCCCUUAAAACAAAAAGGCUCCCUUGCAGUCUGUUUCUUUACCUCCAAAAAAUUUUGACAGCAUAAAGCCAAUGUACAAGUUUAUUUUGAUACGAAUUUGUGGAAAUUUUGUUUGUGGCAAAUUUUUUCCCAUGUAUUUUUUCGUAGUUGCUUCCCCCAAUUUAUUCCUCUUUGCUGUGCUUGAAACUGUAUAUGGCAAAAUCACUAUGAGUGGGAGAGUAAAAUGGAAAUAAAGUAUACCAAAGCCCAAUUUCUUCUUAUCA